UCGCACUUGCGCAGUAGGUAGUUAGCAUGCUAAAAACAAGCGAAUAUCAACACAGUACACUCGGAUUCUAAAUAAAAACAAUAUAUGGAGGACCUUAAAAGAUCUCUGAAGAUGCCGCUGUUUGGAAACUUGUUCAGUCCGAAGAAAACUCUUUCCCGCAGAUCUGCGUCCAUGUCCAGCCUUCACACGUUGGAUCAUUCGACCAAAGAACUAGAGCUGGGCUUAGAGUACGGACCUCCCGAGGCCAACAUCGGAGGCCAAAUCUGGAAGUUUGAAGGUGGACAGUGGAUCACAGAGUCCGUUGGGAACACGUCUAGUAGGGAAAUGCAGCGGCUCAAAAAGAAAAAUCUCCAACUGGAGGAGGAAAACAAUCUCUUGAAAUUAAAGAUUGAGGUUCUGCUGGACAUGCUGACGGAAACUACAGUGGAGUAUCAUCUAAUGGAGAAAGAAGUGGAAGACAUAAAGACUCAACACAGAAGAAAAAAAUAAUCUUUUCUUUAAGUGUCUUUUAUUUAUCUGUUGAAAUGUGUUUUUUUUAAAAUGAUUUGAAUUCUUUUUUAUGUCAUUUUUUGUGGGUUUUCAUCUUUUUAACAUCUGUAUUUUUUUUUAAAUAAAUUGAUCAUAAUGGUAAAAAAAAAAAAAUCAGCUGUAAAAUGAAACAAACUUUUGUUCGAGCAUGAAAUUUCACUCUCAUUUGUCAAGGUAAAGUCUAAAACCACAGCACAAGUUCUGCUGACCUUUGACCUUCAAAAAAUAAAAAUAAAAACUCCUUUAGUACUUUCUACAAA